AUGCACGACCGACACCAAGAGUGCGGAGAGUUGUCGGAUUGCUUUCGCGAGCAAUUGCUAAAGAUCGAGCGUCCAAAUUUGCUCCCGCUGUGCACUCAGCAAGCAUCAGCCAUCGGUCUCGACAGCGCUCUGCUCCCUUUGACAGCAGUGGCAGACGCCGGCGCAGCACUACGCCGCGUGGUCCGUGGCAUGCGGACCUGA